ACAGGGGCCGGGCCGCUGGGCCCAGCGGCAAGGGCCGGGCACGCGCCUGCGCGCGGCCGCGCCGCCGGGCUCUGCCGAGCGGGCGGCGCAUGCGUGGGCUGUGGCGGCCUUAAGGGCGGUGGCGGCCUCAGCAGCGCAGUCGGCGGGUCAGCCGGCUGGGAGGCACAACCGGGCGCUUGCGCGGCGACGGCAGUAAUGGCGGCGGAGGACGAGGACAUAGGCGAAAGGUCAGGAUGGCUAACUGGUUGGCUUCCCACAUGGUGCCCUACGUCUACAUCACACCUUAAAGAAGCUGAAGAGAAAAUAUUAAAAUGUGUCCCCUGCGCAUACAAAAAAGAACCUGUUCAUAUAUCUAAUGGAAAUAAAAUAUGGACACUGAAGCUCUCUCACAAUGUUUCAAAUAAGACUCCACUUGUCCUCCUCCAUGGUUUUGGAGGGGGUCUUGGACUCUGGGCACUGAAUUUUGGAGAUCUUUGCACUGAUAGGCCCGUCUAUGCUUUUGACCUGUUGGGCUUUGGAAGAAGUAGUAGGCCCGUGUUUGACAGUGACGCGGAAGAAGCAGAGAAUCAGUUUGUGGAAUCCAUUGAAGAGUGGAGAUGUGCCCUAGGACUGGACAAAAUGAUCGUACUGGGACACAACCUUGGUGGGUUCUUGGCUGCUGCUUACUCACUGAAGUACCCGUCAAGGGUUAGUCAUCUCAUUUUAGUGGAGCCGUGGGGUUUCCCUGAGCGGCCGGACCUUGCAGAUCAAGAGAGACCAAUUCCAGUUUGGAUCCGAGCCUUGGGAGCUGCGCUGACCCCCUUCAACCCUCUGGCCGGCCUCCGGAUCGCGGGGCCCUUUGGUUUAAGUCUAGUACAGCGUUUAAGGCCCGAUUUCAAACGGAAGUAUUCUUCAAUGUUUGAAGAUGAUACUGUGACCGAAUACAUCUACCACUGUAAUGUGCAGACUCCGAGUGGUGAGACAGCAUUCAAAAAUAUGACUAUUCCUUAUGGAUGGGCAAAAAGGCCAAUGCUCCAGAGAAUCGGUAAAAUGGACCCUGACAUUCCAGUUUCGGUGAUCUUUGGGGCGCGGUCCUGCAUAGAUGGCAAUUCUGGCACCAGCAUCCAGUCGUUACGACCACACUCAUACGUGAAGACGAUAGCCAUCCUCGGGGCAGGGCAUUACGUGUAUGCAGACCAGCCGGAGGAGUUCAACCACAAGGUGAAGGAGAUCUGUGACUCCGUGGACUGAGCGCCCCGGCCGGGAGUGGGAAGCCUGCUGACCAGUCCUCAGCGGCGGCGGCUCACUCUCCGACGAAGAGCGAGGGUACCACAGAACCAGGCGGUCUCCUUGGCUGUCCUUUGCACACGUGUUCCCUGUGAAGCUGCUUGCACACUUAAACCAGUUAGUGCCUUCUACACGAAUGCCUUUCCUUUCUCCUACACAAAGCCAAAUAUGCAAGAGUCUCCGAAUCUCUUUAGCUGUAGUAGAAAGUUGUUUGUCCCUCUGCGGUACUGAAAAGUGGUAGUUUUUCAACUGAACUUUUUUCAUUUCUAUCUAAAUUUGCUGUGUCAGCUACUUUUUAUAUUUCAGUCUGUAUUGCCUUAUUUUAAAAAGUGAUUUCUGAAUCCGUAUUUUAUAUACUGUAAAGGUGCACUUUAUUUUGUCUGCUCAUAUUUACCAUGUCUAAUAAGUGAUGUAGUGCAUCAAAAUUCAAUGUGUUUUUAUGUAAAAGACGUCACCUUUUUAGAAUACUUUACUUUUGAAAUGGAGUGAUGAGACAGCGUUUUGGUUGAAAACAUAGGAAUUGAUCAUUAGCAUUAAUUUUCCUGAUUUUCCUCUGUUCUCUGUUUAAAGCUGCAAAGCCAUGGUCAGCGCUUUAAAUGUGAUCUGCUCUGACACAUGUGCAACAAUAUAUAACCCGGGGGAGCUUCUAUGUGUGUUACAGUUCCACACUUCCAGCCAAACACAGCGUUAGUACGUAAGUGAUCCAGGUCCUGGAAAGCCUUAACUAAGUCUGUCCUUUCUCCUCCCUUAAUACUAGCCUUUUCUAUGAGCCAGGAUGCAGCAAAAGGACAGAUCUCCUCACUGAGGGAAGAUGAAGACUGUUACCUCCCAGUCAGCCAAAUCCUAUGUUUUCAUUCACAUCUAACUUUUAAAGAUGGGUGCUAACUGGAUUCUAUAUUUACCACUAAAAUACAAAAAAUAGGUGGUGCUAUUGUAUCUCAUAGCACCAGAGAUGAGCUAGCACUUGGGUUUGUUUUUUUUUAAACGAGUUUUGUGUUGAUUAAAUAAUUUACAUGCUUGAAGUUAUAUUAAAAUUCUAUAAAGUUGAUUGAACUAUUUAACAAUAACUACCAUCAAAUGUAGUACUUUUUUGCUGUUUUAAAAUGAGAAGAACGUCUUUGAAACUGUGAAAAAGCUCCAUGUGGUAACUGGCUGCUGAGAAGACCCUCUGAAAAAGAACAUUAAAUAGGACUGUUACCAACAAGGCAUUUUUGACUACACAUUUUGCUAAUGUUGCUUGUCUAGGAGAAAGGUGGUUAUGUAAAUAAAAACUAAAACUUAGAGCAAAUAA